GAACGCCUCCAGGAAAAGAAAUUAAAUGCACACACAGAGAGGCACCCAGAGACUGGUGAUUUGAAAAUAUUCCUGAGAACGCAAUUUGUGCUCAUGCAGUGCAGUGUCACAUGAAAGAGGCUGCCUGAAGAGCUGGCUGGCACAAGUUUAUUUUGUUGUAAUAUUUUCUUCCACCCCCAGCUCUUUACCCAGUGGAAUGAUAUCCAGAGCAAGUUUUUUGAGACAGGAAGUGAGGAAUGUUUUCACUAUGACUGAUCUGAAAAGAAGGUGGGUUAGCCGAGAUAGCAGCUGUUUUGGACAAGAGGAACACAGUAAGUCAGUUCCCGAGGAAUACAGAUGAGAUGGCUCUGGGAGAAAAAGUCUUGGAGUGCUGUGGGUUUUUUUGCGGCUAAACGUAUGUGAAAGGAGACUUGGUGUCUUUGGAUCGCUGCAAAAGGAUUCCAGUGGAUGCCUCUUCUACUUGUCUCUUGGUGGAAAACUUGCUUGUCUUUAAUGGAUACUGCUGCUGCUGGUUGAUCUCUGGAGACUUUUCAGCUCCUUACCUUUUGAGAGGAGAUACCCACUUGUCCCCUCUCAAGGUCCCUGCGGGAGUGGCUAUUUGUCAAUAACCACCUGCGGGGGGAAAAAACAAGAUGCCUCUACCUUUUGGGUUAAAAUUGAAAAGAACUCGACGUUACACAGUAUCCAGCAAGAGCUGCUUGGUGGCUCGUAUCCAGCUGCUGAACAAUGAAUUUGUGGAGUUCACGCUAUCGGUGGAAAGCACAGGCCAGGAAAGUCUGGAAGCAGUGGCUCAGAGGCUGGAAUUGCGGGAGAUUACAUAUUUCAGUCUGUGGUAUUAUAAUAAGCAGAAUCAGCGCAGAUGGGUAGAUUUGGACAAGCCUCUGAAAAAGCAGCUGGACAAAUACGCCUUAGAGCCAACUGUGUAUUUUGGAGUAGUGUUCUAUGUGCCUACUGUUUCUCAGCUUCAGCAGGAGAUUACCAGGUAUCAGUAUUAUUUGCAAUUAAAGAAAGAUAUCUUGGAGGGCAACAUUCCUUGCACACUGGAACAAGCAAUACAUCUGGCUGGUUUAGCUGUUCAGGCUGAUUUUGGAGACUAUGAUCAGUAUGAAUCUCAGGAUUUUCUGCAAAGAUUUGCUUUGUUUCCAGUGGGCUGGCUACAAGAAGAAAAAAUAUUGGAAGAAGCAACUCAGAAAGUUGCCUUGCUACAUCAGAAGUACAGAGGCCUUACUCCUCCUGACGCAGAAAUGUUAUAUAUGCAAGAAGUGGAAAGAAUGGAGGGCUAUGGUGAGGAGACCUAUCCUGCAAAGGACAGCCAAGGAAGUGACAUAUUCAUUGGAGCAUGUCUUGAUGGUAUCUUUGUGAAACACAAAAAUGGUCGUCCUCCUGUUGUAUUUAGGUGGCAUGACAUUGCCAACAUGUCCCAUAACAAAUCCUUUUUCGCACUAGAGCUGGCGAACAAAGAAGAGACAAUCCAAUUUCAAACUGAAGAUAUGGACACAGCAAAAUAUGUGUGGAGGAUGUGUGUGGCUAGACACAAAUUUUACCGACUAAAUAAAUGCAGCCUAGACUCCCUGGACUCUCCACCUGAGGAGGGCUCUCAGAAAUCUUCCCUCAUUCUUUCCCUUCCACGCUUUCCAAUCCUUUCUCGUCCUUCACUUCCCAAAGGGCAAACCCAGCCCAUUACAGUGAAUCCUGUUAGAAGGCGGUCUUCAUCCAGGAUGUCUAUGCCCAAGCCUCAGCCUUAUAUGAUGCCUCCACCACCUCAGCUGCAUUACAACGGUCAUUAUACUGAACCAUAUGCGUCCUCCCAAGAUAACCUCUUUGUGGGCAAUCAAAAUGGAUACUACUGUCACUCUCAGACUAGCUUGGAUAGAGCCCCUCAUGACUACGGUGGUCGGAUCCGCAAUGGUAGUGUCUAUAGUGCACAUAGCACAAACUCCUUGAACAAUCCACAGCAUUACUUGCAACCGUCCCCCAUGUCCUCUAACCCAAGCAUUACUGGAAGCGAUGUGCUCAGAACAGAUUACGUCCCAUCGCACCGACACAGUGCACUAAUACCACCUUCUUAUCGUCCCACACCAGACUAUGAGACCGUGAUGAGACAGCUCAACAGGGGAAUGGUGCACACAGAUAGGCAGAGUCAUUCGAUGAGAAAUCUUAACAUCAGCAAUUCAUAUGCGUACAGCAGGCCUGAUGCCUUAGUUUACAGUCAGCCUGAAAUACGCGAACAUGCGCACUUCACUUCCCCACAAUCAAACCAUUACCCAUUUAACCUGAACUACAGUUUUCAUUGCCAAUCCCCCUAUCCUUAUCCUGCUGAAAAGCGCCCAGUUGUUGGGGCAGUCAGUGUGCCCGAGUUGACAAAUGUGCAACUCCAGGCUCAGGACUAUCCAGCACCAAAUAUAAUGAAGACCCAAGUCUAUCGACCACCUCCCCCAUACCCAUACCCAAGACCUGCAAAUAGUACUCCAGACCUUUCCCGACAUAUCUACAUUAGCAGCAGCAAUCCAGAUCUUAUUACAAGGCGAGUCCACCAUUCUGUCCAAACAUUUCAGGAAGACAGCCUACCUGUGGCGCAUUCUCUUCAGGAAGUCAGUGAACCUCUAACGUCAGCACGCCAUGCUCAGCUGCAGAAAAGAAACAGUAUUGAAAUAGCAGGCUUGACUCCCAGCUUUGAAGGAAUGAGAAUUAAAGAGAGGACCAUGUCAGCUUCUGCAGCAGAUGUGGCUCUUCCAAGAGUUAUCUCAGAAGGGUCACAGCCCAACAUUCUGAUGGAGAGAACAAAGCAAAAAGAAAAUGAGCAAGAAGGUGUGAACUGUGAACAUAAGAAAACUCUUUCAGAUGCUACUAUGCUGAUUCAUAGUAGUGAGGAAGAAGAAGAAUUUGAAGAAGAAAACAAGACUAGUACAAGUCUUUCUCCGCUACCUGAAGAUCAAACCCAACUGUCAUCCAUUAUGGGUGGUUAUUCUCAUGAUUCAAUACUGAACUACCCUUAUAGCUCUGUUGCUUCAUCUGCUGGUCCUUUGCAUAUUCUUGAGCCUAAAUUGCAUAUUGCAGAGACAGAAAAGAGAAUGAAAGAUAUAAGCCCUGUCCAUUUACUAGUAGAAAGCCAGGUACAGAGAAGAGGGGAAGGAUUACUUACUCCAUCUAUGUCAGAAUCCGACCUUACAACAUCAGGGAGAUACAGGGUAAGGAAAGAUUCAGUGAAGAAGAGACCUGUGUCUGACCUUUUGUCUGGGAAGAAGAAUAUUGUGGAAGGCCUUCCCCCACUAGGUGGUAUGAAGAAGAACAAAAAUGAUGCAAAAAAAAUAGGGCCGCUAAAGCUAGCUGCCCUGAAUGGACUAGCUUUGACUAGAAUGCCUUUGCCAGAUGAAGGGAGAGAAGAAUCAACAAGAGCAACAAAUGAUGAACGGUGUAAAUUUCUGGAACAACGAUUAGAGCAGGGGAUGGUGUUUACUGAAUAUGAGCGCAUCCAGAAAAAAAGACUUGUAGAUGGCGAGUGCUCAAUAGCUCGGCUUCCUGAAAAUGCUGAAAGAAACCGUUUCCAGGAUGUCCUUCCUUAUGAUGAUACCAGAGUAGAGCUAGUUCCAACCAAAGAAAAUAACACGGGUUACAUCAAUGCAUCUCAUAUCAAGAUCUCUGUUGGUGGCAUAGAGUGGGAUUACAUUGCUACGCAGGGCCCUUUGCAUAAUACAUGUCAAGAUUUCUGGCAGAUGAUCUGGGAACAAGGGAUUGCCAUCAUAGCCAUGGUGACAGCAGAGGAAGAAAGUGGGAGAGAAAAAAGCUUCAGAUACUGGCCUCGUCUUGGUUCAAGGCACAACACCGUAACAUACGGCAGAUUUAAGAUUACCACAAGAUUCCGUACCGACUCAGGCUGCUAUGCAACUACGGGUUUGAAGAUUAAACAUCUUCUCACAGGACAGGAGAGAACAGUCUGGCACCUGCAGUAUACUGACUGGCCAGAGCAUGGCUGUCCAGAGGAUUUAAAGGGAUUUCUCUCAUACUUGGAAGAGAUACAGUCAGUGCGGCGCCAUACGAACAGCACUGCGGAUCCUAAAAACUCUAAUCCUCCUCUACUGGUACAUUGCAGUGCAGGUGUAGGACGAACAGGAGUGGUCAUACUGUCAGAGAUCAUGAUUGCUUGCUUGGAACACAAUGAGAUGCUGGACAUCCCACGAGUGCUGGACAUGUUGAGGCAGCAGAGAAUGAUGAUGGUGCAGACUCUAUCGCAGUACACUUUCGUCUACGGAGUUCUCAUUCAGUUUCUCAAAAGUUCUAGACUUAUUUAAUCCCUGCCACUUCCUAAGGGACGCUGCAAGAGUUUACAUAAAAUUACAGUUGUCCAGGCAGACCUGCUCUCACUGGUGUUUUGGUAUGAUGAAUCACAUGGUUACCUUUUAGGGCUGGUAUGUGACUGUUAAUUGCAAGUUGUGAUAACAGCCCCAGCAAAGCAGGAUCUUCGCUGGACUAAAUUCUUCCCAUGUUCAACUACAGUCAUAUUAGGGAAUGAUUUUACUUGUAACAGUCUGUAGUACUUGUAUACAUUCUUUAGAGUGGUGUUACUCUGGGCAAAGAAGUAUCUUAUGGAAUGGAAGUACAUGGCACAAUUUUACUAACAUUAUGUUUUAAAAGAUAAUUUUGUGAAAGCUAAAAUCUGUAGAUGCGCAUGGGGUGGGAAACCUGUUCCUUGGGAAUGUCAAGGUCUUAUGUGGUUUCAAUUUGCUUUCAAUUUUCUACUUAGAAUAAUACAUCUAUAUUUUUUAAAUGAAGUCUUGGUUUCCUCUGGUUUUCUCAGCAAAAUUAACAGCUCUUAGAUAUUUUAAGCUGUUGCUUUAAUGACAGUUAUUUUUAUAUUCAGCAUUUUUUAAUUUAAAAAAAACCAAACCAAACCAAACCAGCACCACAAUCCAAAACUUUUUAAGCAGCAUAAUAUUUUCAGAGAAGACUGACAAUGUUUGAACUAACUAACUUUUCAAAAAUCAUGUACAAAAUACUAGGGGAGGCCAUUGGUAGAUAGUUGUAGUGCUGUGUGAUAGAACUGAGAAGUGAAAGAUGAUGUGCACUGUUGAUAAAUUCCAUUUGAGCAGAGGCAUGUUUACCUCUUGAGUUGUGGGCAACAACCAGGGGAAAAAUAUUCUAAUUAUCAACAAGGUUAUUGGAAAUGAAUGGAUGAGAGAAAGUACAUAUGCAGUAUUAUUCAUAUAUUUAGAGGACAGUUUGAUUUUACUGGCUGAAAUCAAAGUGGAUGCAAAAGUUUAAGCACUUUUUUUUGCUCUGUUAUUUAUGUAGUUAAACAUAGAAAGUAUAAUCAUGCAUUGUUUCAUAUGGUAAAAUACUGUUACUAACCUGUUGUUUUAGGAAGAGCCUUUUAAGUUGAUGAAGUAAGAGAACCAAAAUUGGAGUAAGAAGGUGUAUCGUGGUGAAGUGGAAAUGAUAGUAUGAAACAUAAUGGAGGAAGUGUGGCAGCUAUGAUUGUUGGUUUACACAGUGCACAAAUGACCAUUAAAACUGCUUGUGUUUCCAGUGAAGAAAGCCUUUAAAGCACUGGAAGUUUCUGUAGAAUCCUCCAGACUAUUUUGUCAGUACUAGAAUAGAUUUUCCUAAUGCUGUGCAGCGUUGCAGUGAAGAAUAUCUACAGAAGCCAUUUGAGAACACUUCGAGAAUGUCAGAGCUCUUAGAAGCAGUGCAGGAGACAUGGAUAUUUUAGUAGCUGUGUAGGUGGCUGAGUCACUGGCUGUGGCAUGGACCUGAAGAUAAGUUGUACCUUUGGUAGUUUCCGUUUUGUCCCAUGGGUCUGGUGUAAUGAUAGUAUCCCUAAAUAAACCUCUGUCUGUGCUUUUCAGAUGGGGACAGUGUGGUUUUACCUGCUUUUUCAAGAGUUUCGAGAUGCUGAGUUGAAAAUCCCCAUUCAAAAGUGAACUAUUAGCUUGUAAAUAUCUGGUUUACUCCAGAAAGACCCUUAUGGCAGACAAGUGUGCAGGCGUGCUGAAGUGCCUGUUUCCUUUGAUACUUGCUUAGCAAAAUGAAAUGAGACUGAAAGUCAUUUUUAUCACUGGUGAAAUUACGUUAUUUUUCUGAGCACAUGGUUUUCAGUCAAGGGCUUGGAAACUAUUAUGAUUAAUUAAAACCCCUUCAAAACAAUAUUGUCUCCUAAAACAUUAAUUAGGAAUGAUGAAUAGCUUAUCUCUAUUUCCUCUGUAAUAAGCUACUUCCUCAAAGAAAAACAUACAAUCCAAAUGACAUUAUGCUAAUAUGUCAUUUUAUACAAAAUGUAUUAUUUUUAAGUACAUUAAAUUAAUCUGGUGCAUUUGAUCUGCUUUAAGACAGUCUGAAUCAUUCUACUCUCAGUAAAUGUAAGACUGACUAUUUCAGAUGAGGGAAACAAAUAUUCUUUUUGUAACUAUAAGAUGCCUAGGAAGUAUUAAGUGUCCAAUGUAAAGCUGGAGGUCCAGAGGAAACAAGUUACUGAGGACUGAUUCUUCAUACGUAAAUCUUGCAGACAAACCAGUUUGACAUAUAUACGUUAACAGAAGCAUUGAAAGAAAAAAAACAUAGUUAUUUGUAUCAUGCUGUGUUUUAAAAGACAGUGCUACUUUUUUCCACAGUUCACUUCAAUCUUCAGAAAUAGUUUUGAGUGGGAAAGUAUGCUCUAAAAUGCAGAUUGUAGCAUUUCUGUUUCUAAAGUUUUGAAUGUGAUCUUCAUAACCUGACACAUGCAGCUUUUAAUGAAAUUGUAUACAGCCGCAACUUCAAGUAACAAUUUUUAGCUGUUCAGCAGUUACUGGGACAGAACGUCAGCUGUGAGGCAUUGAAAGGAGCAGUUAAGACAAGCAAUGUAAUCCAGAGUUUAUGGGAUUAUCUGAGGUGAGUGAGGAAAUGUGUCUCUUUUGGCUUUCUUUUCUGUUUAGCUGAAAGAAGUUAUCACCUUAAGAGGAGGUUUUUCACUAGUCUGGUAGUCACAGGCUCUAUUUUUUUAAGCAUGACACUGCUACCUCCUCCACUUCAGCUUUCAGAUCUGUCUGUCAGCAGUCCAUUUUUGCAUUAAUAGGCUUGACCUUGAUAGAUUUGACUUCAUGGAAGUUCCUACUGAAGACAGCAGGAUUACUUCUGUGUAUAAGCAUGUGGCGACAAAUGACUGUUGAAAACGAGCAGUUUCUCUUCUAAAGGUACCAAAUGAAAAUAAACCUCACAAGCUCCUGUAACACAAGUAAUGCUAAAAACAUUUUGUAGAUUUUCAGUUAUUUUUUAAGUGAAAAUUCCACUUUUAGCACUUUCUUCUGCGCUUUGAAAAGGGAUGCUUUUGAUAUGUAGUUGCGCUGGGUGCUUCAUGAAAUGUUGGACAUUAUAAGAACAUCCACUGUCCAAAUGCAGUCAGUCAGAGGUGGAUUUUUUUGUCAAAAGCUUAAAACUCCACUAUAAGCCUGUGCAUUUUGCCAAAUGUGCUUCUGUUUUUAUGAGGAUGAAACUAGAUUAUUAUGUAAGAUUUGAGCUGAAUUUUUAGUAAGGAAAGUUGUAUGAAGAUGUUCUUGCAGUAAAUGGUAAAGAUGAUGCUGAUCUCUAGGGAUGUCAGAGCUCUCAGGGAUAAAAAUAGGUGCUACAUACUGUCAAGAGACAGAUUUGACCGUCUUUUCGGGGCUAAGUGUAAAACACUUUUUAGGGUCAAAUUCUAUGAAAAAUCAGAAGUACACACAAAUUGUAGUAAGGGCUGCUGCAUGUUUGAUUUCUUUCUCGACUGCUCUGACAGGAGAUUUUUUUGGCCAGCGAAUCUCUGUAGUCAUGGACUAGCAGCUCUUCUCUAAGAACAUAAAGUCAGAGGCCCAUUCAUUGUAAAGAUGUCACUGACUUAGCAGGCUUAACUGUCGGCUGCAAAUCACUCCUCACCCUGUUCCAUGAGGGAGUAGCUCCAUGAUACACAGGGGAGUGUUGCAUAGCUUUUCUGCAGCCUGCACAGCUGUGCUCUCCUUUUCCUGCUGAUCCCUAUGAGGCUCAGGAAAAGUUCUAUGCCUUAGUAUUGCUGUCAUUGUGAUACCUUUUGCACAAGUGAAUGAUAAAACCUACAAGUGCUGGGUGCUAUAUCUAGAAAAACAUUUAAUUCAAAGCAGGUGAGCAAGGCAGAGUUCCUGUAAUUUCUGUGGAUGAAAAACUGCUCUAAGUUAUCAUUAACAUUUAGGAAAAAAGUAAAUUAGUAACAAAAAAAAAGUAAAAUAAAUGUGUAAUAAAAUAGAAAAAAAACCUUCUGGUAUUUUGAGAAAUGUAUUUUUGGCUCCUCUAGUAAUCCUGUAUAUCUGUGUAGCGACUGCUACAUUUUUCUUGUUGGCGCAGCUGUUGAAGUUGAGUGGCUCAUAGAUUUCAAUGGCCUCUGGACCAAACUUGGGAACUGCCGGGUCAUUUAUCAUGCAAGCUGGCUGUGUAAUGAGACCUCAGUUUUACUAUCAGCAUUACUAAAACCCUGGACAUAAAAUGGUGAACUCAUUACUACAUUUCAAUAGGUAGUUCAAGUUAUUAAUUUAAAAGAAACAACACUUCGGUUGCUAAGAACUCUGUGCUUUAGAUUUAAGUUUGGGGAUUUUUUUUUUUUUUCAAUACUGUAAAGACCUGCAAGAUGUAAAAUUCCUGAAGUUCUUCCCGAUAUUGUGGGAAUUAAAAUGGGCUUAUUGCCAAUGAAAGCUUGAGCCCUUAAAGCAUGAAUACUCACGUCUGUUUUAAAUUUAAGUACAGAUUACAAGAAUUAACCAAAAGAAUGCAGCAAGAAUGUACACGCAUGAAGUUACAGCAUUCAAAGAAAAAAGUAGCUGAGAUAACUUGGAAGAAAUUCUCUUGCAAAAGGACAAAAUGUUGGAAGUGGAGAGUGAGGAUUUGAGGAAUGGCUGAAGGCAUUUGGAGGAUUUGGAAAAUUUUGUACCCACAGUAGACCCGCUAGAAGGGUUUGAUUCAUAUGGUAUGUUUUUCAUGGCAUGGUAGGGUGAGUGAAUGUGUAGUCAUAGGUGUUAUUUUUACUGGCUUUUUAAAAUGUGAUUUUUGAAAUUCCAAGGAUUUUUCCAGAGGCUCUGUUAUCUUCACGUAGCUUCCUUACCAAAUGUAUUUUAUGCAAUCUGUCAGCUCAGUUUCUGUUUACUUAUUAAAGGUCAGAUUUUUCAAACUGUGGUCUCUGGUUUUACACAUGUAGAGGGAAGAGGCAGACAUGCAAUUUUGCAGUGGUUUCUAAUGGAUGCGGGUAAGAUGAUUUGAAAGUCUAAAUACUUUAUGAAUGCAGCCAGGUAUUUAUGGUAGGUGAGAACUGCACCAGGUUAAGGCUGGUCUGAAAAUCAGGCCCUUGAAAUGUGGAAUUUAGGAUGGACUUAGAAAUUAUGUGGUGAUGCAGCACUUGCAAUACAGUGAUAUCAACACUUCAGUGAACCUCUAAUACCAGGCUAAGGUAGGGGAAAAAAUCUUCAAUUUUUAAUAGCUGUUGCAAACCUAUCUGUUAAAAAAAAAAAGAAUAAAGUUCAUAGCAAGAUCCUGUUGGGGACUAGUUAACUUGGUGCAUUCUCUCGGCAUCACACAUGUUACUUUAAGGUCUACAGGGGCUGAGAAAAGAAGGGUUUCUUAACUUCAAUGAGCAUUUCAAAAAACAGUUGCUAAAUGGCCUUUGGUUUUAUUCUUUGCUCUUUUCCACAUGAUGCUACAUUCAACAGUGAAGAAUAACCUCCAGUUUAUUUGUUCUUUAGAAGUCCAUUCUUCAGCUCUAAUUAGGGAAUGAAAAUAGAAAUCAAAUGCAAAAAAACCUAAAGAAUAGAGUUUACAACAGAUCCAGCCUGUGACAAGUUAGAGAGCAAGUCUGUAGAUACCACAAUGUUAUUUUGGUUCAGCUAUGCAGCAGUCAAAACUACCAAAUUAUUAAUUUUAUGAGCACAGUUUCAGAAGGUGCCUAGCCUUUAUAAAGGGAAUUUAAAUGCUAUUUUUCCAUUUGGAAAUAUUUAGGUAAGAUUAAGAGCCUUUUAAAAUACUUUAAAGACUUUGCAAAUGCCAUUAAAUUUUAGAAUGGUAGGAAACUUGAUGGAGAAAAAAACACAUAAAAUCCUCCAGUCUGUCUCCUUACUAGUCCUGUAUUGUGACAGACAAGGUGUAUAUGCUCCUCACAAAGACACCGUAAGUUGCUUUGAAAUGCCCAACAUAUCUGUCCUUUUUAUGGAAAUUUUAGAGGCUUGACCUGGCAAAGCAGUAAGUAUGUACACUCCUGCACAUUGCUGAAAUCUCUUCAGCUAAAGCACAUCGGUGUUGGAAGUCCUUUCAGUACUUUUUUACGACUGAGUCCUUGAUGUCAGAGGAGUGCAGGUUCUGGCUCCAUUUCCUUCCUUUUUCAUGUGAGCCAGUAUGCAAGGAUUUAAAUGGGACUUUGUUUAAACAGUAGCAAACAUGAAGUAUCAUUUUCUAGUACUAAGCUAGUGGUUAACGUCUGGUUUUGCUGUCUUGCCACCAAUACUGUAAAAAUGUAUAAUCAAAACAGCUUUAAGUCUUGUAAAACUGAAAUUGGUUUGUAAAACAAUGUACAAAUUGUGUUUCAUAGAAAAGCUUGUAUUACUGAAUGUAAUAUAUGUGAAAUGAAUAUAUUAUAGUCUAUUUUUGCCAUGGAAAUAAAUAUUUGAAGCAACUAUGAGUUUUUAUUGUUCCAUUAUUAAAAUAAAAGUCAGUGAACUUAGUUUUAAUGUGUAGUCCAAGGUUGGUACUUGACCUUCUGUAAACAAAGCUGUUAUCCCUCUUCUGAAGUGCUGCACGUACUCUCCUGUACCUCAGUACAAAGAUAAAACUUGUACCAUCAAAUGCUAAUAGCCAUUACCUUUGUGGCAGGAAGGUCUUGUGCCCUGCUACCACUAUCCUAUCAUUAUAGUUUAUAAUGUUUUGCAUUUUCUAAAGCUAUUUUUAGUACUGUGUAGUCAAUUUCUGUGUAACCUUGAAG